AUGGGCAGAACAGAGAAGGAUUUAAUUCCAACACAUUUAACUGUCACCAAUUUUGCUAGGGUCAUCACCAAGACUCAUGGAAUCCUGGAUGUGGAUGUCAUAGUUGGAACCAAGGAAUUGAAGAUUGCAUACUUUGUGGUAGAUACUACUUCUACCACUUACAAUGCAUUGCUUGGCAGGGACUGGAUUCACCAGAGCUUAUGUAUUCCUUCCACUCUACAUCAACAAUUAGCCCUUUGGAAUGAAGAAGGUUACAUGGAGAUAGUAGAGGCCGAUCCACGACCAUUUCUGCCCUCUGCCAUGUGUUUUGAGGCAAGGUAUUAUCAUGAUGACAUUGGUCCUUUCACCUUCCUUGGAGUCAGCCAGAACGGCCGACCCCAUGGUGUCACGGCCCAGAGACUCAUUGAAGAUGGUUUAGCCAGUUCUCUAGAAGACUGGAAUAGACCUUUUGUUAUGAACCUCCAGAACUCUGAUGUUUAG